AUGGUCCUACCUCAGAUAAAACCCAAGGAACCUGAGGAAAGCAACCUCGCGCUUUUGUCCAAGAUCCAUGUGUCCAAAAAUUGGAAACUUCCUCCAAGGUUGCCUCAUAGAGCAACUCAGCGAAGGAAAAGAGCUCAUCGGCUUCACGAAGAGUACGAAACUGAGGGAAAUGACGAGGCGCUACAGAAGAAAAAACGGCAAAAUAGAGACGCCCAAAGGGCCUACAGAGAACGCAAGAACAACAAGUUGCAAGUGCUCGAGGAAACCAUAGAAUCACUAAGUAAGGUCGUCAAAAAUUACGAAACAAAACUGAACCGCCUACAAAAUGAACUUCAAAAGAAGGAAUCUGAAAACCACGCCCUAAAACUGAAACUGGAGGCCCUUAAUCCGAAACAGACCUCUGUUCCUGCUCAGGACCCUAUCCUGCAGAACUUGAUAGAAAAUUUCAAACCAAUGAAGGCAAUACCUAUAAAGUACAACACCGCUAUAAAGCACCGCCAGCACUCAGGCGAGCUCCCCAGCUCCAUCAAAUGUGGCUUUUGCAACGACAACACUACUUGUGUUUGUAAAGAACUGGAAACGGAUCACGGUAAAAGUGACGACGGUGUAGUUACCGUACGGAAGGAUAUGUCCCCGCCAAAUGCACAGUGCAAUAAUAAAGGUGACUCCAGUGGGCUUUGUAGUAACUGUACUAAUAUUGACAAAUCAUGCAUCGACAUCCGGUCCAUCAUCCACUGA